AUUUUCUCAGUCAGUGUGUGAGGGAAACGUGUGGUCGUGACUUGGAUAUGGACACAGAAAGCUCACACUGAACAGGAGAGAUAGACGGCCAUGAUCUCCUCCCUUAGUAGGAUGUAGGACUGAAGGAAGUGAGAGAAAGAGUGCGACAGCUAGAAGAACUUCUUACAUCUGUCGGAAAGAAGACAGGAAUCAUAUAAGGCUGUGAUUUGGGACACGUUCUGGAGUGGCUGGUUCACUCUCUACUUUUUCUGUACACUUCCUUUUUUUGCCCUGCUUCCCAUCCAGGAACACUCACAAUCACUCAGGGACCCUCUUGCACACCCCUUCUGACUUCAUCAUGUGUCAUGUGAUUGUGACAUGCCGCUCCAUGCUCUGGACGCUCCUCAGUAUUGGUGCAGCCUUCAGCGAGCUCAUUGCUUUCCUAAGCACUGAUUGGCUGGUGGGGUUCCCACGCGUGCCUGAAUCUGCACCUGAGGUAUCCGGUGAGGCCUACCGGCCUACUCUUGGGCUUUUCGGGCGGUGUGUGUUUGUGGGCAGAUUUAUGUGCGGUCCUUACGCGCUGACAUUCGAUGAGAUUGCGAGCGGUUUCUGGAAGGCGGCAGCCAUUUUUCUGGCGACGGGAAUCCUGCUGCUCAGCGCCGUGGCCUUCACCUCCAUUUUCACCAUUUGCUUCCAGAGCAUCAUGAGGAAGAGCAUCUUCAAUGUGUGUGGACUACUGCAGGGCAUCGCAGGUCUGUUCCUGAUCCUGGGUCAGCUUCUGUACGCAGCAGGAUGGGGAAAUGAGAAGGUGAAGCAGUACUGUGGUGUGAACUCAUCAGCAUAUAACCCAGCGAUGUGCUCAGUGGGCUGGGCAUUUUAUACAGCACUGCUCGGCACGGUGCUCAGCUUCAUCAGCGCCGUUUUCAGCGCACAGGCUGAGAUCGCCACGUCUAGCGACAAAGUACAAGAGGAGAUCCAACAGGGCAAAAGCCUCAUCUGCCUCCUUUGAGAGAGAGACCCGCAUUAGAAACCAGACGUCCUGAUGUCAGUCACACUGAUGCCAAUGUGACAGCAAUUUAUCGACGAGAACCAAACCACUUAAAUUCAUCUCACCACUAAAACUCUGCUCUUUACUGCGUUCUGAUGUGGGAGACAGUCUUCCUUUUUUAUUUUUUCCUGUGUCUUUUACCCUUGCCCUCAUUCAUUUGUUUUUGGUUUGUUGUUUAGAAUUCUUUCUUACUUGCUAAACUGAAGAAUGAAAUUGUAAAUACAUGUGUAUAUACUGUACAUAAUGAUGAUGAAAAUGAUGAUGUUGAUGAAGGAACCAUCUCAGUGAUCAAGGUGCUGAAACCACUAAACCACUGUCACUUCCUGUUAGGGGUCGAAAGUACUGCACAUCUUAAACCAGGAAGUAGGAAAUGUAUUCCCACUGGAUCCUGGAUCAGUUCCUGGUUGUAAGACACAAGUAGACCUGCACAGGUGAAACUGGCUUCCAAUCAGUGGAAACACUUUUGUUAAGACUCUUCUGUGGUAUUUUAACAGGACACUUCCUUGCCCGACCCCCCGCCCCCCUUCUGUUUUUGUCCUUUUCUGUUUUUCUUUUCUCUUUUAUUAUUCUCAUAUUUUCCUUCCCCUUUCUCCCCAUUUUGUUCUUAUUUCCCAUAUAAUUUCCUUUUCCUUUUUACUUCCUCCCAGUCUCAGGACAAGAUGCAAGAGGAUAAGAGAUCAUUGUGCAACAGGAAAAGCCCUGAAGUCCUUUGUUCUUGUACAUCCAUAUUCUGUGUGUGUCUGUGUGUGUGUUUGAGAGAGAAAAAGAAAGAGAGAGAGAGAGAAAGAGACAAUAAUCACCAGCCACAUAAUCACUGCUCUCUGCCAAAUAAAUAAAGCUGACUGAACUUU